UCUGCCUCUGCCGCCGAUUCCACUAUUCUGCCCCUGCGAGACACCGGACCCCCAGACGCGGAGGGGAAUCAGCCCCAUCACUAUUGGCCUUUCGCCACUAGUGACCUCUACAAUUGGAAAGCUCAGAAUCCUAAGUUUUCCGAGAAACCGGCAGGGCUUAUUGAUUUAUUAGACUCUGUUCUUUUUACCCAUCAGCUCACGUGGGACGAUUGCCAGCAGCUUUUGCAGGUCCUGUUCACGACUGAGGAAAGAGAAUGAAUCCUCAAUGGGGCCCGACAACUAGUUCCGGGCGCAGACGGGAAUCCCACCACCAACCAGGCUCAGAUAGAUGCCUCCUUCCCCUUAACUCGGCCCCAGUGGGAUUUCAACACGGCAGAAGGGUCUGGUAUACUGUACUAGAUUUAAAGGACGCCUUCUUCAGUCUGCCGCUGGCACCCCAGAGCCAACCCUUGUUCGCCUUCGAGUGGCAUGAUCUGGAGGAGGGCUACAGUGGGCAACUCAGCUGGACACGGCUACCUCAGGGAAUCAAAAAUUCACCCACCAUCUUUGACGAGGCACUACACGAGGACCUGGGUGAGUACAGAAGGGAGCACCCUGGCCUCACCUACAGUACAUAGAUGACAUCCUGAUUGCUGCCGACAUAGCCAAAGACUGUGAGCGAGGGACCCAGGACCUGCUGGCUACCCUGGGGGCCUUAGGGUACCGGGCAUCCUCGAAGAAGGCUCAGAUAUGCAGGGAGAGGGUAAGUUACCUGGGAUACAUCCUGGAGGGCAGACAGGGGCAGUUAUCAGAUGCCAGAAAAAAAACUGUCCUAAAGCUCCCUACUCCCACCUCCCAAAGAGAAGUAAGGGAAUUCCUAGGAUCAGCUGGCUACUGCCGCCUCUGGGUUCCAGGUUUUGCUGAGAUCGCCAGGCCCCUAUAUGAAGCUACCAAAGAGGGGAAAACAUUUAAAUGGGCUGAAAAAGAAGAAACUGCCUUUAAUCAGUUAAAUAAGGCCCUCCUAAGUGCCCUAGCCCUGGGCCUACCAGACAUUAUGAAGCCCUUCCCCCUCUUUGUAGACAAACACAAGGGAAUAGAAAAAGGGGUUCUAACUCAAGCCUUAGGCCCCUGGAACUGCCCGGUGGCUUACCUGUCCAAGAAACUAGACCCAGUGGCUGCCGGCUGGCCGCCACGCCUAAGAAUUAUUGCAGCGACAGCACUCCUAGUCAAGAACACAGACAAACUGACCCUAGGACAGGAGAUCUGGAUCACGACCCCACACGCCAUUGAAGGGGUCCUGAAACAGCCUCCUGAUAGAUGGAUGAGCAACACACAUGUGACUCAUUACCAGAGCCUCCUACUCAACCCUCCACGAGUGCGAUUCCACCCCAGUGCAGUCCUCAAUCCUGCAAUCCUGCUGCCCGACCCUGACCUAGGUGCUCCACUACAUGACUGUGCGGGAAUCCUGGAACAAGUACAUAGAUUCUGGACAGACCUGACCGACCAGCCCCUCCCCGAUGCCGAGGCUACUUGGUUCACUGAUGGCAGCAGCUUUGUGCGAGACGGACACAGGAGGAGUUACAGCGGAUCAAGAAAUUCCCCAUGGCCCAGGAGAUAAAGGGAUGGUGGUAUACACCUAACAAGGAGCUCGUGCUGCCAGACCGGCUCGGAGUCUCAAUAUUAGAGCACAUGCAUCGGUCUACUCACAUGGGGGCCCGAAAAUUAAAAGACUUAAUCCGACAUGCCAGAAUCAAGAUUCACCAACAGGACACCAAAAUAGAGCAAGUUGUAUCUGCCUGCAAGACCUGCUAACUCACCAACGUGAGAGCCACAUCAAAUAAAAAAGGAACCAGGCUCAGAGGCACCAGACCGGGAGCCCAAUGGGAAGUCGACUUCACUGAAGUCAAACCAGGAAAGUAUGGUUAUAAAUAUCUUUUAGUAUUUACAGACACCUUCUCUGGCUGGGUGGAGGCAUACCCAACCAAGCAUGAAAUGGCUCAGACAGUGGCUAAGAAGCUACUAGAAGACAUCUUACCCAGGUAUGGUUUUCCUGCCAUGAUAGGAUCAGACAAUGGACCAGCUUUUAUCUCGCAGGUAAUGCAGGCAGUAGCCAAGGGAGUGGGGGCCCCAGAGCUCAAUACAGGUAGAAAGAAUGAAUAGAACCCUAAAAGAGACCCUUAACAAAUUAACCAUGGAGACUGGCAGGGACUGGGUGACUCUCCUACUGUAUGCCCUUUACCGGGUUAGGAACACUCCUUACACCUUGGGCUUUACUCCCCAUGAGAUCAUGUUUGGCAGGCCACCCCCUAUUAUUCCCAACCUUCGAGCUGAACUUCUUGCUGAGUUUAAAGAUCAAGAACUUUUUCUUUCCUUGAGAGGGCUCCAGAGGGUGCACGAGGACAUUUGGCCGCGCCUCCGUGCCAUCUACGAGGCUGGCCCGACCCCGACACCUCAUCAGUACAGGCCGGGAGACUGGAUCUACAUCAAGAGGCACCACCGAGAGACCCUCGAGCCAUGCUGGAAGGGACCCUACAUCGUUGUGCUGACAACCCCCACCGCUGUCAAAUUGACGGCAUCACGACCUGGGUCCAUCACACCCACGUUCGGCCAGCGGACCCCUCCUCAAUCCGGAAGGCCUUUGUCACACGAUGGGCCAUCAGUCGGGACCAACACAACCCGCUCAAGCUCAAGCUACAGAGCAUUCGACCCACCUAAUAUUGGUAACUCUGUUAACUCUGCUUGUCAUUGCUCAUGCUGCUGGGAGUCCCCACGCCCCCCAAAACAUCACCUGGCAGAUCACAGACACCAGCUCGGGGACAAUACUUAAUCAGACCUCCCAGAGCCACCCCAGGGACACUUGGUUCCCAGAGCUUUGUGUAAACCUCCAAACUCUGUUCCCCUUGUCACCAUAAAUGCAGCCGGUCCCAUGGUUGGGUCCGUAAGCUACAUGACAAGGGGGGAAUGAAAGGGCGGACCUACGUUGGCCAACUCCCAUCUUGUUCUGUGUCCUCCACCUUGACCACACCUCCUCCCCUUGAGUAACCUCCCACUCACCCGUUCAAACUUCCCAAACAGGACUCUGACCCUUCCCCAGCCAAUCGGCCGAGGCCACGACCCUUCCCCAGCCAAUCGGCUGAGGCCACAGCCAUUACCUCACCAACUGCCCCUAGACCCCAAUAAAACCUUUGUGCUUUUGAAACUCGCUCUCUCCGGUAUCUCACCGCUGUGUCGGUGCAGGUAGGGGAUUGAGCUCGAGCUAGCUCGAAUAAAGGCUCUUUUGCUUUUGCAAAA